UGUCACUGUGUUCAUAUGGCGCGUCAAGCAAUUCAAUUCACUCUCGCUCACGUGACUCCACUGGGUGAAUCGCAAUUGUAAUUGGCGCCCCCCGGUUGAGGCCGGCAACAACUGCAACAAGCCAACAACGACGAACAGGUUUGCGACCUUACGCUUGUGCUUUCAACGACACUGUAUACCUCGCAAUGUUCGCCGUAAGGACUAUCCCCAGGGUCGCCGUCGGGUCGGCGACCCCAUUUGCUGUCCAAGCACGCAACAUGGCCACGUUGAAAGAAAUUUCCGUUCGUCUGAAGUCCGUGUCGAACAUUGCGAAAAUCACAAAGUCCAUGAAGAUGAUUGCCUCCACCAAGGUCGCGAAGGCUCAGAGGACUAUGGAGGCUGCCCGUGUCUACGGAAGCUCUGCUACCGCUCUCUACGGUCACGCCGAGACCGCCGCCGCCGAGGGCACUAAGCUCGUCGUCGUCUGCUCCUCCGACCGUGGUCUGUGCGGCGGUAUCCACUCCUCCCUGUCCAAGACCACCAAGAAGUACCUCGCCGCCAACCCCGACUCCACCCUCGCGAUCGUCGGCCAGAAGGCCAAGGCCCAGCUCCAGCGUGAGAACAGGAAGCACAUCGCUAUCACCUUCGACGGUGUCGCCAAGGGUCUCCCGUCAUGGAACGAGGCUGCUCUUGUCGCGGAUGAGAUCUUGAAGGCUGGUAUUCAGUACGAGACGGCGGUUGUGGUCUACAACAAGUUCAAGUCCGUCAUUGCGUUCGACACUGUUACUGUGCCUGUCUACUCGCUGAAGGCGCUUGCGGAAUCACCCAAGCUCGCGGCCUACGAGGUGGAAGAGCCUGUUCUCAAGUCCUUCGAGGAGUUUGCAUUGGCCAACACGAUCUACUGGGGAAUCGCUGAGGGUAACGCUUCCGAGCAGGCUGCUAAGCGUACUGCCAUGGAGAACGCUACCAAGAACGCCGGCGAAAUGAUCCAGAAGCUCACCUUGACGUAUAACCGAUCCCGUCAAGCGACCAUUACCAACGAGCUUAUCGACAUUAUCACCGGAGCCAUGGCCGUUUAGAAGAAUAAACCACAGGAAAAAUAACCACCCACAACUCCGCAUACCACCCUCAAAAUCCCACCGGUCUCGGUGCCUUUUGAUAUGUGUAGACCUCUAAAAUACCGAAUGGCAUUGCUGAUUAUCUCAUACCUGUGGAGGUCUUCUGGGUUGUGGGAUGGCUUGUUGGUUGGGAUGUGGUUGGGGAGAAGGUGGGGAUGCCGAGACCGUGGAUGGGAGAUGGGAUAUGGGGACGCAUCUUUUGAAGCGGAUGCUGGAGAUCGUAAGCGAUGGAUGAAAAGGGGAGUGGGGACGAUGUGGGAAGGCUUUGAAGGAACUGAUCAACGGAUUUUUCGGCGAACUGGGCACGAGAAGGGACGACGAGAAUGGGACUAUCUGGUGGGGGAAAAAACAAUACAGAGGGGUGCUUCAUCUAUGUACCAGGGGCUGAGGAGGGCGGCGAGACAUAAACGCUUUGCGUGAUGGGCGACGAGG